GGGUUGCGCAGAGUGGAAGGGGGACUAUCUCCGGGUGAUCCGCCCCUCCGUGCAGCGCUCUCGUCCAAAAUCAGCGGCUGUGGCUGGAAGGAAUGGGGCCCGUGUUUCUGAUCUGCAGCCAGUGAGAAGAUGAAGUUUGUUUCCAGCAUGGCUCUGCUCCUUAAAGCAGGACUGCUGUUGCUACUGGCUGCUCGUGUCUGUCAUUCAGUGACUGGAUGCGAUAGACAACUCUACGAGACGGUGAUCAACGAUUUCUGCUUGGAGCAGUUCCAGCUGGAUAUGGGAAGAUUGAAUUCAGGCUUGUGGUGCACCUGGCCAGAAACCAUGGAGAUCUACGAAGGACUGACUAACUGCACCUACCAACUGGCCUUGAGAAUGGACUGCUUCUGGCCCAACAGGGUGGUGGACGGCUUCUUCAUGCAGAUUCACCACAGGUACUUUCACCACUGCCCCUCGACCGGCCGGCUCCUGCGCGAGCCACCCAUCAGCAUCCUUGCACCAUUUAUUGGUGUGUCUGUACUGAUCACCUUGCUCAUGACUGCAGUAGUGGUGUGGAGGAGCAAACGCACACAAGGGAUGCUUUGCUGAACUUGAUCGAAGGACUUGGAGAUGGACUCCUAACAUCAAAUGAUUACCUACCUUUCUGAAUGCCUGCCCUCUCGGACGACGCUACUAUUGACGCCGUCUGGUUGAAGCAAGCAUGGUGGGGUGACCUUUUCUCCAGACCUUGUUAUCAACGCAGACUCGUUAAGCCGGACUGUUUAAUUACCAGCAGAAUGGCAAUCAGGGAGGAGUCAGAGAGCUCUCUGUGGUCGUAGACAUGGAUCAAUGGUCCUCAGGGAGACUUGGUACUCGGCAGCAGGAGACCUUUACACUCGUCAUCCAGGCACGCCAUGAGCGGAUGCAUACAAUUAUGUGCUUGCAUUUUUUUGCUUAAACUUUGGUCUUCAGGGUGCAGCCAGUAGAAUAGCCUUUGAUUCGGAUUUUUUUUUUCAUGCAGUAGUAUACAUUUGCAUAGGAGAAACUCUAAAUAUUCAUAUGAAAUUCAACUUCUGAUUCCAGUUGAUAGGCUCCUGAAUAAAUAAGUUAUUCAUCAGAUGAAAUACACAACUGUAACAAAUACAACAUUUAAACAAAUGCAACAACUUGGUUGCAAAAAGCCAUCGACAUUAAAACUUGCAUGUGAAAUCAGUUUCAUUAUGUUAUUCUUUUAAUCUUGAUUGGCUUUUAGUCAUUCCUUUUCUUUAGGGGCUUUUUUCACUUGGUUAGGAUCAGGGACUGUGUCAUUUAAAGCUCUUGGUUAGGGCCCUAAGCAUAUAUUAUUUGGUAAAAGUGAUCCUAAACAAUCUACAAUUAGAUCCACAAAUAGGAAGAAAACUCACUCACUGAGAUAUAUUGCCAGAUAUUCUGUGACUUUCCAUUG